AGUAUCUACUGGAUUUAUCAUAUCUAAGGGCACUAGUACUACAUAAGUAUGGUUGGCGGGGUCGUCGUGUUGUGCUGAAAAAUCAAAAUGACGACGUGGACGGCGCGGACUCGGACAAGAGCGGGGCACGGGUGUCCGCGUCCCCCGCAGGCCCGGACCUCCGCCGCCCGCCCCCCGUCGCGUUGGUUCAAUAGUACUGGCCGAUUGGGCGGGGGCAUCGCCCCGGCUCUCCGACCGCCAGGCGCAGCGAGCUGGUUCGUGGAUUGCUUUCUGUGGAAAGCCGGCGGAGUGCGCGGAAUAUGAAGCGACCAAGGCGCGGCGUCGGCGCUUCGCGGUUUGCUAGGAUGAAGAAGCGACCCCCCUGCUGUGGUACUACAGGGCAUUCGCCGCGUUUUCGCGAUGUGCUGUCGGUACUCGCCACGUCUUCGCAGUUGUCGCCGCCUUUUUUGGCGGCCCGCCCCGCCUGGCGCAUCCGCCUACCGCCUCGCGCUGGGCGGCUGUCGCUUUGGUGGCCGGGGCGCCCGGUCCUACACUACUUAUUGCGCGCUAGCGCUUCGGGAUGUUUUCCGCGCGCGUCGGCUUCUUCUUUCGAGGCCAGGCAUCCGGCCCCGGGCGGCCGGGUGCUUGGACGCGGGCGGGCGUUGCUUUUCGGGAGGCUUGGUUGCGUCCGUUGGUCUGCGUAGGCCUGGUUGCCUGCUGGUGCGGGCGCGCGCCGUCGCGGAUUACCUGUACUGCGCGGUCCUUGUUGCUGCGCCAACGGGUUUCGUCGGGUGGCGCCUUGGCGGCUAUUGAUUACUGACCGCGGCCGAUGGCCAUGCGCGGCCGGCAGAUGGACAGCUUGUUGUAAACCCUGCGCAGCGGAGCUUUUGGUCAUAGAAGAGUGUUUGGCCCGAGAAAGGUUCGUGUCUUUG